CGGAAGAAGGGAGACAUAAGACAGAGAAAUAGAAAAGCAGAGCAAAAAUGGUCAACAUUUUCACAAUACACAACACCUUACUUGGCUUCGUUAUGAAGCUAGCAGGUAUGAGACCCCAAAGGGUGGAAAUCUCACCAGGAACCAUAAUAAACUUCUGGGUACCAACCCAAACUCAAACCCAAACCAAAACCCGAACCAACCUGAAGAAAAACGUGGUCUUUCUCCACGGUUUCGCGGGGAAUGGCAUAUUCACAUGGCAACUUCAAGUCUUGGCAUUAGCCAAAAAGUACUCAAUUUACGUCCCCGAUUUCCUCUUUUUCGGGGACUCCAUUACCGACCGCGCAGACCGGUCGCCGGAGUUCCAAGCCGAGUGCGUGGCCAAGGGGUUGAAGAAGCUCGGAGUUGAGACGUGCACGCUUGUCGGGUUGAGCUACGGAGGCAUGGUUGGGUUCAAGAUGGCUCAGUUGUUCCCGAACCUGGUCGAGUCAAUGGUGGUGAGUUGCUCGGUCAUGGCAUUGACCGAGUCGGUCAGCUCCGAGUCGCUUCGGAGGAUCGGGUUCGAGACAUGGUCGGAUUUUUUGCUUCCUGAGACAGUUGAGGGUGUAAAAGCCAUGUUUGAUGUUGGUAGCUACAAGCUUCCAAACGUCCCCGAUUGGCUCUUCAAACACUUUUUGGAGGUAAUGUUCAGCAACCGAAAGGAGAGGAAAGAGCUUCUAGAAGCCCUGGUUGUCUGCGACAAAGACUUUAAUGUUCCUCAAUAUCCACAGAGGGUUGGUCUUUUGUGGGGGCAAAAUGACAAGAUAUUCAACAUGGAAACUGCCAGCAAUUUGAAGAAGCAACUGGGAGAGAGAGCAACACUGGAAAGCAUAGAGAAGGCAGGUCAUCUUGUUCAGCUGGAGAGGCCCUGCGUUUAUAAUGAUCAUCUCAAGAAAAUUCUUUCCUCCUUGUUGGAAGACAAAUAG